AUGACUCCUACCUCCUCUUCUGUGAUUGCUGCUAACACGAUUCUGCUCAGGUCGGUGUUAUCGUCGGUCUCGUCUCCACAAGCGUCCAGAGCGUUGGCCUUACUCUGCAGCGGAAAUCGCAUCUUCUCGAGGAAGAAAAGGAAGACGACUAUGAAAGGAGACCCCCAUACAAGCGACGGCGGUGGCAGGUCGGUUGCGGCAGCUCAUUUACCUAUAUCACGCUGACAACAAACAGCUGGGCAUGUUGAUGUUUAUCGUGGCGAAUCUUGUGGGCAGUACAAUCCAAAUUACGACUUUGCCCCUCCCGGUAUUGUCAACAUUACAAGCGUCCGGACUGGUUUUCAACUCCAUAUGCGCUUCUAUAAUCCUUAGUGAACCGUUCACCCGCUACUCCCUGAUUGGAACGGUCUUGGUUGCUGCAGGGGCAGUUUUGAUUGGAAUAUUUGGUGCGAUAACAGAGCCGUCACAUAACUUGGACCAGCUCUUGCAGCUCCUCUGGCGGCGGCAUUUCAUACUAUGGAUGAUUGGAACAUUCAUCAUAGUCCUAGCGCUAUUGGUCGCCAAUUGGACCCUAAAGCGCAUACAUACACGACCAAGCCCUCGGAUACGUCUCGUUCGCGGCAUGUUCUUUGGAACCAUAAGUGGAAUCCUUUCUGCGCACUCCCUUUUGAUCGCUAAGAGUGCGGUCGAACUCCUGGUCCGAACCAUCGUUGAUCGCCAUAACGAAUUCAAUAGAUGGCAAUCCUGGAUGAUCCUUAUUGGUCUCGUCGCUUUUGCUCUGACACAGCUUUAUUUCAUGCAUCGCGGCCUCAAACUUUGCAGCACCAGCGUUCUAUACCCACUUGUCUUUUGUGUUUAUAACAUCAUCGCCAUCAUUGAUGGUCUUGUCUACUUCCAUCAGUCGGCCAGAUUAUCGAAUCUUCACGCCGGGCUCAUCGCAGUUGGUACGGUCAUCCUACUUGGUGGAGUCGUGUGCUUGAGCUGGAGACUCGAAGAGGACGAGGACGAGCCUACGUCUCCUUUGCUCCAUAGCAAACAUAAAGGACGAGUACCGACACCUCAAACGGUUUUAACCCCUGGCAUGGGACUUGUUCAUGGCUCCAUGGAAGAAGACCCCGAGAGUCCUGUUGAUCUGGAGUCUCAGGUUCCCGGCGAACAUGGGGCCCGAACUGAACAACUCAAGCGUCGAAGUGUGGACGAGAGAACCCCACUACUUGCUCGUGCACCAACGGGCCCUGCUGUAACGGCAAAGCUGCGGUCAAAGAAGAGGCCAUCAAUCAACACCAAUACCGAAGACAUUAGUCCCCGCGCCAGCCCAUCUCCUCGAAGACCCCCAAGAAGGCGGAGAAUGACUAUUUCGGAGGAGACCAGCGAGAUCUGGAACGAAUUGAAUGAUGUAGACAAUCUCCCGUCCCCGCUACGGCGAUCAGUCGAUAUUGAGCGGAGGCCACGAUCGGGUACACUGCCGCCUCGACGGAAGAAUAACUCUUCGACUUGGUUGCAACAGAUGAGGAGACGAUCUUGGUGGGAAGGCGCCUCAUUCGGGAACCCAAGAGAGCGAAGUGUCUCGCAUGGGAAUCGACCAGCCGAAAGUGAGGCGCUGCUUGAUCCUGCAGCGACCGAAGAUGGGAAUCAAUCUGACCCGGACGCCGUACCCGCACAAAGCAGCAGCAGAAGGCGAGGGACUUGGGGUUUCGGUGGGCAGGACAAUCAUGAAGAACAAGAGACACUUGGUGACUGGUUUAAACUCAAAUGGUGGAGGAAGCGAUGGAAAGAUGAGCAUGAAGAAGAUGAUAAUUGAGGCAAGAAUAUUAGUUCAAUCAUACGAUACCUUAUACGAUACCUUGGGUACAUCACUGCUCCGUAUUCCAAUGACUGAAGGCGACGAAAGUGCUGCAACACCAUAGUUUUAUCCAUUCGAGUAAUUAUAAUUAUACCAA